GCGCGCGCGGCGGGGCCAUGCCCGGGCUGCGCCGGGACCGCCUGCUGACCCUGCUGCUCCUGGGCGCGCUGCUCUCCGCCGACCUCUACUUCCACCUUUGGCCCCAGGUGCAGCGCCAGCUGCGGUCCCGGGAGCGCCCGCCGGGCUGCCCGUGCGCCCGCCGCGCCUCCUCCCCGGCCCCGGCCCCCGCCGCAGCCGCCUCGGACCCCCACGCGGCCGCGCACAACUUUUCCCGAGCCCGGCCGGGAGCCGAGCGGGACCUUAGCGGCCGCGGUGGCCCUGGCUCCAAGCUGCAGGCCCUCUUCGCCCACCCGCUGUACAACGUCCCGGAGGAGCCGCCUCUCCUCGGGCCGGAAGACUCGCUGCUGGCCAGCCAGGAGGCGCUGCGGUAUUACCGGAGGAAGGUGGCCCGCUGGAACAGACGACACAAGAUAUACAAAGAGCAGCUGAACCUCACUUCCCUGGAUGUCCCCCUGCAGCUCCGACUGGAGGCCAGCUGGGUCCAGUUCCACCUGGGCAUCAACCGGCACGGGCUGUACCCCCGGUCCAGUCCCAUUGUCAGCAAACUCCUCCACGACAUGAGGCACUUUCCCACCAUCAGUGCCGAUUACAGCCAGGAUGAGAAAGCCUUGCUUGGGGCAUGCGACUGUACUCAGAUUGUGAAACCCAGCGGGGUCCACCUCAAGCUGGUUCUGCGGUUCUCGGACUUCGGGAAGGCCAUGUUCAAACCCAUGAGACAGCAGCGAGAUGAAGAGACGCCCGAAGACUUCUUCUAUUUCAUUGACUUUCAGAGACACAAUGCUGAGAUUGCAGCUUUCCACCUGGACAGGAUUCUGGACUUCCGACGGGUGCCACCAACAGUGGGGAGGCUAAUCAAUGUCACCAAGGAGAUCCUAGAGGUCACCAAGAAUGAAAUCCUGCAGAGCGUUUUCUUCGUCUCUCCAGCCAGCAACGUGUGCUUUUUUGCCAAGUGCCCGUACAUGUGCAAGACUGAAUACGCGGUCUGCGGCAACCCACACCUGCUGGAGGGCUCCCUGUCCGCGUUCCUGCCAUCCCUCAACCUGGCCCCCAGGCUGUCCGUGCCCAACCCCUGGAUCCGCUCCUACUCACUGGCAGGAAAAGAGGAGUGGGAGGUCAAUCCACUGUACUGCGACACAGUGAAGCAGGUCUACCCGUAUAACAGCAGCAACCGGCUGCUCAACAUCAUCGACAUGGCCAUCUUCGACUUCCUCAUCGGAAAUAUGGACCGUCACCAUUAUGAGAUGUUCACCAAAUUUGGGGAUGAUGGGUUCCUGAUUCACCUGGACAAUGCCAGAGGGUUCGGACGGCACUCCCACGAUGAAAUGUCCAUCCUUUCGCCACUCUUCCAGUGCUGCAGGAUCAAAAAGAAAACACUUCUGCACCUGCAGCUGCUGGCCCAAGCUGACUACAGGCUCAGUGACAUGAUGCGGGAGUCACUGCUCGAGGACCAGCUCACCCCCAUCCUCACGGAGCCCCACCUCCUUGCCCUGGAUCGGAGACUCCAUAUCAUCCUCAGGACAGUGGAGGGGUGCCUAGAGGCCCACGGGGAGCAGAGCGUCAUAGCCAAUGGCCCAGCAGGACAGUCGGCCCCAGACUCCGGCCAGGCUAGCCUGACAAGCUAGGGGCUGGACGAGGCCAGCUUCACACACUACGCCUGGAGCCAGCGGUGGGCACUUGAGUGCGGACCCCUGCUGCCUGGUGCCCAUCAGUGCUGGAGGUCCUGGGUCGUGAGCUCAGCAAGCAAGCAGGGCCUUGGGGUAACGCUGAAAGAGCCAGACAUGGGAUCCGCGAACUGUCUUCCCGGGAGCACUGCUUCUCCAGCGAGCUGCCACGGCUCCCUCUUGCCCGGAAAGCACUGCUUCACCAAGGCCUCAGACCAUCUCCUGCCCACUGGGAAAUCUGGAUACAGGUCAGGCUUGAAAGGUUUGCAAGCCUUGCUCCUGAGAGUAUUAACUGUUACAAAUAAAAUAAAAGGACAUCCAGUGGACACCUAGCUGACCUACAGGUCCUUAUUAUAUCUACAAGGGUAAUUUCCAAUCCAGAUAAAACAUCGGGUAUAUCACAAACAGCCGAGAAAGUCUAAAACUGGUGAUUCUCAAAGUUGGGCGAAGUAGCCUUCACACCUUCUACUCAUAUUCCAGGCACUGCGGCCCAAUCUGAGGACAAUAGUCACUAGUAACUGAUCAGUCCCCUGAAUUUCCUUUCUAAGAAAUGUUAUUACAGGGGUAAAAGUAACAUAGGGGUGUGCUCAGAAUAUCCAGACAAGAGAGAUUCCAAUCUGAAAAGUAUUUAAAUAUCAACUGAAAUAACGUGAAGUAUGUCAGAAUUAGCAUCCAGAAACAGGAGGGAUUUUAAUGAAGGGAAACAAGGGUGGGCUUGAAGGCGCGACGGGCCAGGAACGGGUCUCGCUGGAACGGGCCUGACUGAGGCCUAGCACAGCUCGCCAACCACAGUCCUUUCCUGGGAGGUCCAGGAGCCACCCCCUAACCUGCCCCAAGAGGAGCAGGCGCCACCUGGAGGUCUGGCACUCUAGAUGCCCUUCCCCUCAGCUGCGUGCUCCCAAAGAACCACAGCAAGUUUACUUUCCAAGCCUCCCUCACAAGUGGAUGUGUCAGGGACUCCCCGUCUCCCCAACCUUCUCCCUACUUACUGACUUGCCGACACUGGAAACUCCUCAAUAGGAGGCUUUGUUUCUUAUUCCACAACUCAUGACUGGAAACACAAAUGACAGGAAAAUAUUCAUCCUAUAGAGUGAUCAGUCAACAAGUAAACAUUCCUAAUUUUAUCAGAUCAACUUUUCUGAUCAAGGCCAGAGGCUCGAAGUGUGAAGGGGGUAGAAAGAAGCUGACAGUAAAGAGGGUACAAGGUCAAGAGCUACAUCUGUCACCCAAGACUUCUGCAGUGUGUCUGAGGGCAGCCCCGACAGGACAAGCAAGGGGAGUUCUGACCCGCCCUGGUACCCCCAUCACUGGUACACUGCCUGUGAACCUUAUGUCUCCAUGAUAGCAACACACUGCCUUUCACUGAGCUCUCACCCCCCACGUGCGAAUCGACACACAGGUGCCACCCCUCCCGAACAGACAGAGUCCCCUACUCCGAUGCACACAGAAGAGAAAUAAUGCUCAGAGAGAUUAAUGAAAACCAUACAACUUAAUGACUUAACCCUAUUCCAAAGUGUUCUUUCCACUGUAAUACAGACACCCAACAGUAUAUUUGAAGUGAUCUUUGUUUGCUUAAAAAAAAAAAAGAAAAGAAAAAAAAAACCCAACCCUUUAAUAGAGGAACCUUAAUCACAGGGAUUUCUGGUACUGGGGUGACUACUGCAGCCCAGGCGUCCCCUUCGUGAACUGCUUCUCUUACUUCCAGCCAGUAUGUCCCUCUGUGGGAGGGACCGGGUAAUUCCACACAGAAGAGAGAAAAAUAGUCAGCCAAAGACAUUCCAAGACUAGCACAGUGGUCUGGGACUUCCAAAUCACAGAGCGUGUGAAAGGUAAGCUACAUUCCAUCUCAGACCGAGCCUUUUCAAUAGCAAUGGACCGGCUUUCAAAUGGCCUAUGAUGCAAGUUCUGGUGUACUUGACUCAAUGAGAGAAACAGAACUGAGUUUGACCACAAUACGUAGAGUACCCAGGUACCUAAUUAUUCACUUAAGCAUUCCAUUAUUUUUUCACUAGUAACCCAGUUAAGACUAUUAUUUGUCGAAAACGGCAGAAAACAAGGCUCUAAGAACUAUCAAGUUCUUCUAAAGUGUUCAUUUUGAACCACUGUUCAACUUCCCAUGACAUAUUUUCCAGUCUCUAUGUAAAAAUUGUUCACGUUACUACUGACUAAAAAGUGGAAAGGAACUCUACAGCACGUGACUUGGUGGAGAAAGGGGCUCGAAGGAAUUCAUUAGAGACUUCCCGAAAGUCAGGAGUUUGGAGACUAUAAAAAAGUUGCUUCUCUUAUUCAUGGUAGUUUUAUGGUCUAUCAAGUCACCACAGGCACUAAAUGAAUGGAGACUGAACCAUUAGCUCCUACAGGAAACACAGGGUUUAGGUGCCUGGGAGCCGCUGCUUACAUUUUGUCAACCAACCAAUAUAUAAUCUCGUUUUAUGUGUAUUAAGGUGUGUUAAAGACACCUCAUUUAAUAUAUACUGUUGAUUCACUGACAUUGAACCCGUGGCCGACAGCACUGUAACUUGCCUGAAAGAAGCUUGUUUAAUACACAUCUUUUCUCCAUAAGGCACAUCGCAGCCUUCUUGCCCUUAGGAACACUGGCCAGCAUGUCAGCACUACGCUUGGGGGCCGUUUUAAACAGUGACAUCACCAACAGAACGCAUGAAAAUGUAAAAUCUUGGACCUAAAUAGACCAUGAAAAGGACAUCUAAUUACAGUAUGCGAGCUGAAACAAAAGGCAGAGCACCGCCUUGUCUGACCUGAGCUGGUACACUAACAUGUCUAGAGACUCAAAUCCACCACCAUUCCUCUCAUGUCUGGGAAUGACUGUGCAACGGCUGUUGAGUGCUGAUUUAGGGGUUACAAAUACAUUUUAGCAAGCAGGCAAAUUUGCAAAUACAGUAUCCAUGAACAAUGAGACUCAACUGUAACUCAUUUUCAGAUCCACAAAGAUGAUAGAUAAAAAAGCUCUCCAUCUAGUGGUGACUUUUCAUAUCACAAAGCUACUUAGGCUAAAUUGGCAGAACUUGCACAAAAUGAAAAUACUAUGCUCGUUAGUGGUUUUGGUUGACUCACAAUAGUUGAGUCAGGAAUGAGGUCAUAGCUCUGAACUUAGGUCAAAAGACAAGUUCUAACUUUGUACGUAUACAAAUACUGAUUUCUAUGUGAAAGUCACCUACGGUAAAAAGAGAGAUUCAAGAUUCCCCCUUUUCAACUCUCCUAUCUACAGCCUUUAAAGGCUAUUUUAUCUACAGCCUUUAAUAGCUAAAUAGCUAUUGUGAUAGCUGCCUUGGGGGAACGUAUAAAAUGCUUCGCAAGGUUGUUUAACCCAUCUAGACAUACACUGCCAAAGCCUCACAAAAAUCAAAAAGGGUUCAGCUAUUAAUUUGUGGGUGCAGAUAACACAGUAUUAAGAAAACUGAUGUCAUGCUACUUCAAUUUUGAACUGUCAAUAUUUACUAGUAAGUCAUUAAAAAACAGUUCUAUAUGAGCCAAUGUUUUAAGAAUGAGGAUGAAACUGUAACCAGUACAAUCAACCUAGGAAAUUUUCCGUUAGUUCUAUUCUGUUGUAACUCUAACGGUUCCCACUCCAGUGAGUUGAGGGAAGGCAUUACUAAAUCAUAACAUGGUGCAUGUGUUACAAAGCAGUACAAAUUAAAGGAUGUUCCAGAACACAACGCAGCUCCAAGUUCACUGGAUGUCAAGAAAUUAAUACUGAUAUAGUAAUGAGUACUAUGAAUCAUCUCACUUCUCUGAAACCUGAGGAAUAGACAUCAGAAAUAACAUUUUAUACAUGCAAAAUAUAUAAGCACACCUAAGCAAAUAUAUUAAAUUUGAACCAAAAAGUUUGCUGAUUCGGAAAUAAUGUUUCCCCAUUAAGUCUGGGAGCGUUUCAAGGCCAGAGAACCAGGCUGUCUUCGAUAAAAAGGAAAUCUUCAGCCUCUGAUUUAAUCUUUUCCUUCUAUAACUCGGUAAACAGAUCCGCUGUAUCGCAAUUACCCUUUUAAGUAAGAUUCAUUCUUUGACAACCUGACUUGGAAACCAUUAAAACAAACAUGUGACUCUUCAAAACACCAAUCCCAUAAUUCGCUUGAUUUUCAUUCUUGCCCACCAGAUUAGGAGAUGCUGGGGGAGGGUGAGAAGAAAAGGAGAAAGGGAAGAAAAACUGAUUCAUUUAAGAAUUUAAAUUAUUUAAUCUUUUUUUAUUACUUGACCUACUAUUAAGACAAUCUAUAACAAAAAGAAUAGAGUAUAUUAGCACACACGGUAUAAUCAGACUGGUAACCAGGACACGAUACAAACAAAAUGGUCCUUCGGCCAUCUAUGCUUUCUAGAGCAGUAGACUGCAGAGAAUCACUUACCACACCCAGAAAUCACAACUUCUAAAGCCCUGAAUAUUCACUAAGACAAAGUAUGCCAAUCAUGAUUUCUCACAUAUACUCAGAUUGCACGAAGAUAAAGCUUUAAAUGUGAUCAUUUUUAAAUUUAGACUUAAAAUUUCUUAGAUUAAAAACUACAAAGGGGAGUCAACAGCAAGCCAAAUGAUUUAAAAGCAAAACUCAUUUCGAAAGCAUUAUAUGUAUCUAAGUAUACAUGAACAUGGUUAUACUAUACAUAUAUGAAACUGUGCAAAUUUAUGGCAUUCUAGAUAAUUCACUGAAGUACAGUUUUGGCAUUUAAACAAAGAUCAAAUCAAGCUUUACGCUAAUAAGAACAUAAUUUUUAUUUUUUAUUUUUUAAAUAUAAAAAGGUAGCUAAACACAAAGUAUAGAUCAGAAAACCCUCAUUUAAUAUAGAUUAUUUGGGAAAAUAAAAAAUUUGUAAUAGGGUGGCUUUCCAUCCCACACUAAAAUGUAAAUAAAACUUUUUUCCCAGAUUUAUACUCCAAACUUAGCAACAACCUAAAAACCGUUCAAAUCUGUGAAAAAAAUCUACCAUGAUCAAUUUAAAUUACCUGGGAAAGGGUAGGAGAGGGGAUUAAUAAUCAGUCAGUUGCAUACAGAUGGAAAAAUGCUUGCAAUCACUCCCAAACAUAACCCUACAUUAUAUAUAAAUCACAAUGAAAACAAAAGUGCCUACGUUAUGGAACUGUGAGAUUUUCUUUUAAAAAAUAACAAUAAAAAUGAACUGUUAGGUACCAUUGGUGCACAUGGAAUAAUGUAACAUAAAGUUGAUAAGGCUGGAAAAUACUAAAAUACAGUUAAGACUCAAAACACAAGUUUUCUUUAAAAAACAAAAACAAAAAAGUUUGCCAGAGAAAUAAAGCUACACAGGAAAGCAGAACUUUUCAGCAGGAUGGCCUUUUAGACCAAUUUGAAACAACACAGACACAUCCGACCCCACCCCAACCCACCAUGAAUUCUAGCUGAUGUAAAAAGGAGGGGAAAAGGUCAAACCAAAGUAAAAAACAUCUCCCCAAACGUCUUGCCCCCGUGAACUGAGUGGGGCCACGUUCCCAACACUGAACCCUGUCCACCUGGCACUUCCUUUUGUAACAUCCGCUCCACACGUUAUGACAUGUGUUCCAUCUCUAGUCUAUCUAUUCUCAGCAAAUCCAAUCUUCUGGAAUCAGUGUUUAACGAGCACAGAAGAUUAUCCUGGAGUCAACAGAAAGAUGUACACCAACCCAAAGGUCUAAGUCAGGAACCGAGAGUGCAGACCUCAAAUGCUUACUCUCAAUCCAGCAUCUGAUGAUCAUUUGGCACGAGCUGCAGCUGGAUAAAGGUCUAAUCAGGAGUUGUGAGCUGAGGCAGAUGUAGGUAAAUCAUAACGCAAUAUAUGCAGCUUAUGAUUUAGCUUCAAACUCAAAAGGCAGGUGUAGAUAGCCACACCUGAAUGUAUUUCAGAACUGGAGAAGAAACAACA